AUGGUCAGCAACAAUACGCAGCCUGAGGAGCUCACCAACAUUCUGGAGAUCAGCAACAUUGUUUUCACCAGCAUGUUUGCCCUGGAAAUGAUGCUGAAACUUUCAGCCUUUGGCCUGUUUGACUAUCUCAGAAACCCAUAUAACAUCUUUGAUGGCAUUAUCGUCAUCAUCAGUGUCUGGGAAAUCAUUGGGCAGAAUGAUGGAGGACUCUCUGUGCUGAGAACGUUCCGCCUUCUGAGGGUGCUGAAGCUGGUGAGAUUUAUGCCUGCUUUGAGGCGCCAGUUAGUCGUCCUAAUGAAGACCAUGGACAAUGUGGCCACAUUCUGUAUGCUCCUUAUGCUUUUCAUUUUUAUCUUCAGUAUCCUAGGAAUGCAUAUCUUUGGAUGUAAAUUCAGCUUAAGAACUGAUUCUGGAGACACCGUUCCUGACCGCAAGAACUUUGACUCACUGUUGUGGGCCAUUGUAACUGUCUUCCAGAUCCUGACACAGGAGGACUGGAACGUGGUGCUUUACAAUGGUAUGGCCAGCACAUCGCCUUGGGCUGCUCUCUAUUUUGUGGCCUUGAUGACAUUUGGAAACUAUGUCCUUUUUAACCUACUUGUAGCUAUCUUAGUAGAAGGGUUUCAAGCAGAGGGGGAUGCCAAUAGGUCUUUCUCUGAUGAAGACAGGAGCUCAUCAAAUAUUGAAGAAUGCGAGAAAUAUCACGAGGCUCAGCUGGGAUCUGUCCCGAUGACCCCAAAUGGACACCUGGAAAGCACACCAAUUACAAAUCAGCAGAUUACCGGUGGCGUAAUGAACACUUCAAGAAAUUCCCUUCAGAGGGAUCAAGUCCUUGUAGCGGUAGACUGCAGGAAAAGCAGCGUGAUGUCCCUGGGCAGGACGACCUAUGACCAGCGAUCACAGACCGGGUCGAGAGCAUCUCAUUGGGGCCGCAGUGGAGCAUGGGGCAGCAGGCGAUCUAGCUGGAACAGUUUAGGACGCCGUCCGAGUAUAAAGCCAAGACCUCUUACUGCAGAGCACGAAUCCUUACUUUCUCAGGGAGAGGACCAUAGAGACAGAAGUCAUUCCAGGCGGGCAUCAAGCCUAAAACACAGAAGGGCGAUGUCGCUCGACAAUAAGGGGUCUUCAGAUAUUCCAGAUCAGCCAGGAGUUCAUGCCAACCACAGGGUACCUUGCAAAGAAAACUCAACACUAGGGGAGCACCAGGAUCCCAUGGGAAAAACACAGUCAGUCAUGAAAGAUGUAUUUCCAAAAAUGAAUAACCGGAAGGAUAAGGAAGAAGAAGAAGAAGAAAUUGAUUAUAGUCUCUGUUUCCGAAUCAGAAAAAUGAUUGAAGCAUAUAGACCUGAUUGGUGUGAAUUACGUGAAGACUGGUCUAUAUUUCUUUUCUCUCCUCAGAACAGGUUCCGCAUCAUGUGCCAGACAAUAAUUGCACACAAGCUUUUUGACUAUGUCGUUCUUGCGUUCAUCUUCCUCAACUGCAUCACUAUCGCCCUGGAGAGGCCUCAGAUUGAGCACAAGAGUACGGAGAGGAUUUUCCUGAGUAUAUCAAACUAUAUAUUUACAGCUAUUUUUGUAGCUGAGAUGACAUUAAAGGUGGUCUCUCUUGGACUUUACUUCGGGGAUCAGGCUUACCUUCGCAGCAGCUGGAACAUCUUAGAUGGUUUUCUAGUUUUUGUGUCACUUAUUGAUAUUGUUGUAUCUGUUGCCUCAGCUGGAGGAGCAAAAAUAUUGGGAGUCCUAAGGGUGCUUAGACUUCUACGAACCUUACGACCUCUAAGGGUUAUCAGCAGAGCUCCUGGACUGAAACUGGUGGUGGAGACCCUAAUAUCUUCUUUAAAACCUAUUGGAAAUAUUGUUCUCAUUUGCUGUGCCUUUUUUAUUAUUUUUGGGAUUCUAGGUGUGCAGCUUUUUAAGGGAAAAUUUUUCUACUGCCUUGGUGUAGAUGUUCGAAAUGUCACCAACAGGUCAGACUGUGAAGCGGCCAAUUAUAAAUGGGUACACCAUAAGUACAACUUUGAUAACCUGGGGCAGGCGUUAAUGUCACUUUUUGUUUUGGCAUCUAAAGACGGAUGGGUUAAUAUCAUGUAUAAUGGACUAGAUGCAGUGGCUGUGGACCAGCAGCCUAUUACCAAUCACAAUCCUUGGAUGCUGCUUUAUUUUAUCUCUUUCCUACUCAUUGUCAGUUUCUUUGUACUAAAUAUGUUUGUGGGUGUAGUAGUAGAAAACUUCCACAAGUGCCGACAACACCAGGAGGCUGAGGAAGCCCGGAGACGAGAGGAGAAACGCCUUAGGCGGUUGGAGAAAAAAAGAAGGAAAGCCCAGCGCUUACCGUACUAUGCCACCUACUGCCCUGCACGCCUUUUAAUUCAUUCUGUCUGUACUAGCCACUACUUAGAUAUAUUCAUCACCAUUAUUAUUUGCCUUAAUGUUGUCACAAUGUCCUUGGAACACUACAGUCAACCAAGGUCUCUUGAAGUGGCUUUGAAGUACUGUAACUACAUGUUUACUACUGUCUUUGUACUUGAAGCUGUGCUGAAACUUGUAGCUUUUGGGUUUAGACGAUUCUUUAAGGAUAGGUGGAACCAGCUGGAUCUGGCCAUUGUGCUCCUGUCCGUAAUGGGUAUCACUCUGGAAGAGAUUGAGAUUAAUGCUGCUUUGCCAAUCAAUCCCACCAUUAUUCGCAUAAUGAGGGUGCUGCGCAUCACCAGGGUGCUGAAGCUGCUAAAAAUGGCAACAGGAAUGAGGGCAUUAUUGGACACGGUGGUGCAAGCUCUCCCACAGGUAGGAAACUUGGGACUGCUCUUCAUGCUUCUCUUCUUCAUUUAUGCUGCUCUGGGAGUGGAACUUUUUGGUAAACUAGUUUGCAAUGAUGAUCAUCCUUGUGAGGGAAUGAGCCGUCAUGCUACUUUUGAGAACUUUGGCAUGGCUUUCUUGACUCUUUUUCAAGUUUCUACUGGGGACAACUGGAAUGGAAUAAUGAAGGAUACCUUACGCGAUUGCACCAAUGAUGACCGUAGUUGUUUAAGCAACCUUCAGUUUAUUUCUCCUCUGUACUUUGUGAGCUUUGUGCUCACGGCCCAGUUUGUGCUAAUUAACGUGGUCGUAGCCGUAUUAAUGAAACACCUGGAUGACAGCAAUAAAGAAGCACAGGAGGAUGCAGAGCUUGAUGCAGAAAUUGAGUUGGAACUGGCUCAUGGUCUUUGUACUCAGACGUCUCCAGUGUCUGGUUUGGAUAGUGGGGGACGUGGAGGCAGACCAGCCACUGAUGGCCAUCGCAGCUUAAGGUGUUUUUCUCCUGCCCAGGAGAAUUUGUGGCUGGACAGCGUUUCCUUGAUAAUAAAGGACUCAUUUGAAGGGGAAUUGAUGAUCAUUGAUAAUUUAUCUGGUUCUGUCUUCCACCAUUACUCAUCCCCUGCAGUCUGUGAAAAAUGCAAUCAUGACAAACAGGAGGUCCAGCUGGCAGAAAUGGAGGCCUUUUCUUUAACCUCUGAGAAGUCCUCUUCAGUACUGACAGAUGAUCUCAGUUCAGAAGAUCAAGGGGUCACAAGUCAGUUAAAGGAGAUGAAGGAUGAUCAAGACAGUCCAGACUCUAUGGGAAUUGGAGUAUUUGGAGAAAACCUUUUUCCCUUAGCAAGCAUCCCUGACUUACCUACAGCUGAACACUAUAUAUGUGAGCUGGAGAAGCUGUCAUUAACCCCAGCCGAGUCCUGGGAUAGCUGGCUGAAAGAAGACAAUAACCCAGGCACACCAAGUCCCCUGUUGCCUGUUCCUGCCGACUUCUUUCAUCCAGCAGCCUCUCCCACAGAGGUGGAUUCAGAAGACCCUUCACUCAAUAAGAGCCUUCCCAAACUCUCCUCCCAAGAAUCAUGGGCUACUUUACGUUCCCCAGAUGUUAACUGUUCGUUACUUAGGCAGGCCACAGAAAGUAAUUCAUCUAUGGAAAGUGGAAGUGCAACUUCAGAGGACAGCUUACAGACCACUCUAGAGGACAGUUUAAAUUUAAGUGACUCUCCCCAGUGUACACUGGACCUUCCUGAUCUGCGGGUGGCUGCUGCCUCCCAUCGCACUACUCUGCCUAUUUCUUCAAUUUCUAUGAUACAGAGACGAACCAGCCGUCCAAACUUUGCCCUACAGAAGGUUCGGAGGCAUCAGCGCAGCCAUAGCAGUGGUGGUAGCACUAGCCCUGGAUGUACUCUUCAUGACUCCAUGGACCCUUCUGAUGAAGAAGGGGCAGGAGGAAGCCUGAGAGGAACAAGCGAACCCUCAGAGACCCUUAGUAGUUUAUCACUGACAUCUCUGUUUUCCCCACCCGCUUCUCUGGCACCACCUGGUAGUGCUAUGAAAAAAUGCAGCAGUGUCAACAGUCUUUCUGUUGCCUCUUCCAGGGUAAGAGGCACUAAACAGUUUUAUGCUGUUGAUCCACAGGGCUUCCUUUCAAUGCCAUCAUGGGUGAUGGAUUUUUACCAAACUUCUACUCCUUCAGAGAACCAAGAGAGCCGUAAUAGUAGCGGAAAAUUACCAACGGUGGAAAGGGAAAUGCCUGCCAAUAGUGUCUCAGGAAAUGUGGAUUUUGGCAAUAAUAGUCGGAGAAACAGAUGAGUUUUUUUGGGUGGGUGGCAGGGUCAGCUUUUUGGGGUGUGAUUACCUAACUCUUCAAAAGCGGGGGAAGCCUUAUGGCUCUCAAACAGACCGGCAGGAAAUGUUACAUUACCUCACUGUGUGAGCCAGCAAAGCAAUGCAAUGGGAAAACUCAGAGGUAGAGCAGUUGUGCUCUUGUGCUCUGAAUAUGUGAAGGAACCACUGUACUGUAACCGGCCAAUGAGGCUAUUACACAUAGUAUGAAGAUAUAUAAUGAUAUAUUAUUUUAUUUAUAUAUAUUUUAUUUUUAAUCUCGCUUGGGACUUCCUUAAAAGUUUGUAUCAUAAAAGGUAUCUUUAUGUGGCAAUACAAAUAUCUGGUGGACGAGAGUUAACUUUUGGUACUUUUGAUGUUCUUCCUACCCACAUAUAUAAAACUGAAAAUCUUUUCUACCAUUAAGGAAAAUUCUAGGAAUGUCCCAUUUAAUAUAUGAAUUCUUAGAGUAUCUAGUUAUAUAGUGAGACAUUUGAUAAGGUACCCAAGUCUAUCAAGUUGAACCAUCCCCAAUUCAUAGUUAAUGCAGGCAAUUCUGUGCAUCUUAAAUUGAUAAUACAGUUUUAAGAUAGCCAGAGGUCAUCUCAUUCUACCUCUUUUUGACCAUUUUAUUAUAAUUAUUUUAGCUCUUCUGAGAAAUAAUGUCUAAUGAAACCAAAAUGUAUAAGAAUGAUAUUAUACCUCUACCCACAAUUAAAAUCAAAUCCUUUUCCCAUAAAAUGUGUAGGUGACAUUUUAAUGUUUCAGCUGAAAACAGUUAAACAGCCAUUUUAAUGUUUAAAUGUAAGUUUAAAAAAUGUGAAAGGAAUGAUUUACUUAAUGAAACUGCUAAUUUUAUUUUAACAACUACUUUUUGCUCGCCAGGAACCUUAAACUGGAAUCUUGACACCCACCUAUGACCUCAUAUUUUGGUUUUAGAAAAUAGGAACAAACUAUCACCAGUUCACAUGGCUGGAAGCAAAACCAAGAACUUAAGAAGUAGAGAAUUGCUUCAUUUUAAAGUUUUUGAAGCAACCUAGGUAGGAGCAGUUUGAGUUCGCAAAGGUCUCUUUUAUUUAUAUCAGAUGCCUGAAAAAGAUAACUAACUCCUCUUCAAAGAAUACAUUCUUAAAUGUUAAAACCAAUAAUGGUAACGUCUUCAACUAUUUUCUCUUUAAAAACAAAGUUAAUUCUUAGUCUGCUAUGUGUAGCAGGCAUUUCGGCAGUGGAAAAAACAUCAAACCCUCUUGACACAACAACAUACU